CGCAUGACCCUGCUCACUCGUUCACAUACAGCAGGGAUGGAUCAGAAAGCCGACGAGACUGACGGGGUCCUAUGAGACACGUCUGGCGGCCAUGGCCGAAAGCAAGCAACGGGCAGAAGCAUCAACAGCAACACGGAAGAAGAGGGAGGCGGAGGCAGAGAGGCUGCGUCAAAUCGCCAAAGAUCAACGGCAGAAGCACUUUGCAGCAGCAGCAAAGGCCGCCGAUGAAGAACGCGUACGGCGGCGGGAGAUUCUCGUCAGGGAGGAGACUGCGUUACACGCACAGGCCAGGGAUUGGCAGAAGGAGGCCGAGAAUGGAGACUCCGUUGACUACGGGACAAGGAUUGCUCUCUUGCUCAACCGCGUCACGGACCUCUUCACUACUUGCAUCGCACAGCAGGAGGACAUUCACUCUCUCGACCAUGCCAAUCAGGCGCUGACUAAGCGCAUACAGCAGCUGGAGCAGCGACCAGUCGCCACUUCCAGCGCCGGCCCCUCCGACCUUGUCGACCGCGUCAACGUCCUGGAGAUAGACGUGGGAUCACUCAAAACCGAGACACAGCGGCUGGACCAGCAGAUUUCAAUACGCCCGCAAGAUCGCUACAAGACUGCGUUUAAGACACGGUACAUGCAUUUUGAAUGGGUCAUCAUGCCUUUCGGACUCACCAACGCCCCAAGGACUUUUCAAGCGGCGAUGACCAACGAGUUUCGUGCGAUGCUAGACCGGUUCGUGCUGGUCUACUUGGACGACAUCCUCGUCUAUAGCCGGACCUUGGAGGAACAUCUCGAGCAUCUUCGACGAGUGUUGGAGACACUCCGUCGCGCCAAGUACAAAGCCAACCGCGACAAGUGCGAGUUCGUACGUCAAGAGUUGGAAUACUUGGGCCAUUUCGUCACUCCUCAAGGCAUCAUUCCGUUGUUGGACAAGAUUCAAGCCAUCCAAGAUUGGCCGGAGCCGCGGAACGUCACGGAUGUCCGUUCGUUCGUUGGCCUUGCUGGCUACUACCAACGUUUCAUCAAAGGGUACUCGAAGAUCGCGGCCCACUUAUCCAAGCUUCAAUGCAAGGACCGACCAUUUGACUUCGGGACGGAUGCGCGGGAAUCAUUUUGGGCCCUUAAGGCUGCAUUGCUGUCUUCGGAAGUCUUGCGAAUAUACGACCCGUUAUUGUCGACGUGCGUCACUACGGAUGCGUCUGGCUAUGGCAUUGGUGUCGUCCUCGAACAACAUGAUGGCGUGGACUGGCACCCGGUCAAGUACUUCGGCAAGAAAGUGUCGGUCGUGCACUCAAUCGAUGAUGCACGCAAGAAGGAACUUCUCGCCUUCGUCCGCGCACUCAAGCAGUGGCGGCACUUCCUCCUUGGUCGACGCCAAUUCCGAUGGGUAACGGACAACAAUGUGUUGGUCUUCUACAAGACCCAAGACACCGUCAACAGCACGAUCGCCCGUUGGAUGGCUUUCAUCGACCAGUUCGACUUCUUUCCCGAUCACAUUCCGGGGAAUUCAAACCGUUUUGUGGAUGCUCUUUCACGGCGUCCGGACCACUGCACCGCGGUCUACUCAACCUUCGAGAUAGAGGAUGACUUGCGGGACAGUUUCAUCCGCGACUAUCAAGCCGACCUCGAAUUUCGAGACAAGUACGCAAAUUGUUCCUCUCCCAACCCGGCGCCUUCGCACUAUCGGAUCCAAGAGGGAUACUUGCUCGUUCACUCGCGGGGGAAGGAUCUACUUUGUGUGCCGCAAGAUUCACACUUGCGCACGCGGCUUCUUGGCGAGUUCCACGACGCCCCCGCCACCGGACACUUUGGAGUCAAUCGCACGAUUGGCCGACUCCGCGAGCGCUUUUGGUGGCCCGGUCUUCUCGACGACGUCACGCGCUGUUGCGAGUCAUGCGAGGUCUGCUGACGUUGCAAACCCCGCAAUCAUCGUCCAUAUGGAGAACUGCGACCAUU